ACACCGGCAUCCAGAUUUCUUCGGUUACCUUUUUCUCGUCACUCUCGAAACCGCACUUUAAACUUUAAAAGGAAAGAAGAACGUCGCUCCAAGAAACUAAACUACGUAUUAAAAAUUAAAGUUGAUUUGUAUGAUUAUCAUUUUCAGAAAUUUGCGAAAAUUAUUAUUGCUGGUGAAAUCGUUCACUCUUGAAGGAAAACUUUGAAAUUAAAUUAACUCUGUAGUGAGCAAGAAUCUUGCUGCAAGAUGAUUGAUACGAACAACAAUAACGGAGGAAAGGCGACCACCAAUUCAAAACGGAAACAUGACUCGAGCAUGUCGGCCAAAGUAAAGAAAUCCAAAAUUGUUGUUCCGCCUCUGAAUGACCGCGGCACUGGACAGUUACACUCGUUUGGUACUGGCGACUGCGGGCAGCUGGGUCUCGGUCAUGGUGACAAGCUCUUAAAACGGAACUAUCCGUCUCCAGUCAAAGAUAUUGAGGGCAAUAAGAUUCUGCAAGUUGCUGCUGGCGGAAUGCACACUGUGGCUCUCGAUGACAAGGGCAAAGUUUGGACGUUUGGAUUAAACGACGAUUUUGCGCUGGGAAGACCGACAAAAGAAGAGGAAGAUUCCUUUCAACCUGGUGCAGUUGACCUUGGGGCGCGCAACGUAGUGCAGAUUUCAGCAGGUGACAGUCACUCGGCCGCACUGACGGAAACUGGAGAUGUUUACGCGUGGGGAACAUUCAAGGACAUGAAUGGAAAUUUUGGCCUGAUUCCUGGCAAUGACAAGAAAUGCUGGGAUAAACCUCAGCUUAUUUCCGACGCUGUAAAUGACAAGGUCUUCAAAAUCGCAUCUGGUGAUAAUCAUCUUGUAAUGCUAACUAGCGACGGAAGAAUAUUUACUUGUGGAACAGGAGAACAAGGACAGUUGGGUCGUGUAGUAGACAAACGAAUUACUAGAUCACAAACAAAAGUCAGCACGAGAGAUUUGCUUUUGACACCCACGGAAAUUAAAAUUAGAAAAAAGUUUCGCGACGUCUGGUGUGGUAAUUUUAGCACAUAUUGUCGAACAGAAAGAUAUAACGAGAUAUGGGUUUUUGGACUCAACAACUACUACCAACUAGGGCUGGAAAACAUGGACAUUGUUACAGUACCGACCAGAAGCCCUGGUUUUCUAGGAAUUACGUGGAUUCAGAUUGCUGCUGGUCAGCAUCAUGCCGUAGCUCUGGACGAAGAUGGAAAGGUGUACUCGCUGGGUCGUGGAACCGAUGGUAGACUUGGUCUUGGAGAGGACAACGCACCUGAAGCUAUCUCCUUACCAACUUUGAUUCCAGCUUUGACUGACUCACGAAUUGUCCAGGUUGCAGCAGGCUUAUCUACCGCAUAUGCCGUCGCCGCUGAUGGUAAACUUCAUGCUUGGGGUUGUGGAGUCAAUUAUCAACUCGGAACCGGAAGUACAGACGACUUAUAUGAACCACAACCACUAGAACACAUGGUCAUCGAUGGGAAAAAAUCUGAUUUUAGCUCUAAAGCAGUGUACGUUUCGGCAGGUGGUCAACAUGUUACUGUAACCAUUAGGAAAACUGUUUAAACUGACAGAAAGACUGUCGUUAAAUAAAUUGAUCGGUUUGGGAAUUACCAUUUAAUUAUAUUGUGCCAGCUCCGCAUAACUUUUUAUGCCAAACUAGUUAGUUCGUUCGUUCGUAGAAAUACAUGUCAAUAAUUGUUGACAUCCUUGCUCGGUAUUCAAUUACUUUGUGGAUGAUAAUGCGUUAUGCACCGCCAAUGUUAGCAAUUGUUUUAUCCAGUAUUUAUCGUAAUAUAUUUAUGAUUUUCAUUUUUAUGCAUGUGUCCAUUCGUGAUUUAUUUCCCUAUAGUAAAGUUUUGUGUUUUUGCAAAUAUUAUGAUCAUUUAAAUAAAUUCCUUAAUUAAACCACAGAUUUUAUACUACAUAAACUCUGUCACACUGACGCUACUACUAACAAAUGGUAAUAGAUUUUGAUAUUGAAUAGAAUAUAGGUUCACAUAAGCGGUUGAAUCAAUAAUAUUCGAACUUUAUUACUACUAAAUAUGGCUUUAAUCUUAUGAAUUUAAUUGCUCGAGAAGGUUUAAAAAUAUAUUCAUUUUACUGAGAAGCCUUGUAUAAAGAGGAAAAUCAAAUUACAAUUAAUUCGCUAUUAAACUCAUGAGAAAAUCGUGUAAUUAUUUAA